AUGUUGCAGCUCCGGGAUCAGCUCCGAUUUCGCAGACACCUCAGACCGGUAUCUGCUCCUCGAUAUUUUGUUGGGAACUGCACUUGCCCGUCAUUGGGGAUCAACCCUCGUGAUGUGAAUCACAAGGAGCGUUUCCUCAAAACGAUCGGCUUGCAUUUGGGGUGUGAGAACUUCAGCGAGAACAAGCGAGACGGUCUUCGUGAAGACGAUACUCAGCCAGGCAACACUCGCAAUAUGUUAAACUUCUUUCCACAUGAGGUACCUGGAAUCCACGGGCAAGAGCUUGCAAUGGCACUCGGUCUUUUCCACAUGACCACGUAG